GAAGAAAAAGGCGGGCAUUUUACAAGUCCCUGAUGCAGAAGUAGGGACUCAUUCACUUUGUUUCUCAAGUCUUUGUGUUCAGUGCAGGCAAACAAACAACACGUCACUUCCAAAAAAUGUUUUAUUUUGUACAAGAAUAUUUAGUUCAACGUGUUGUGUGAAAUAGUGAGAAGGUCAAAUGAUAGGGAACGAGUACCUGCUGACAAAUUGUGCUCCAAACUAACCUCAAAGCAUUAUAACUCAUUGAGAAAACAUGUCAAAGGCAAGAGAAAUACCAUGGCCAGAAGAAUUCAACGAGUUGAAGAGAAUAGAAGAGCUUAUGAUUUGUGGAAUUUGCUACGAGUACAUAGACACAACUGUCAUGACACCAUGUUCACAUAACUAUUGCUCUUUAUGCAUACGAAAGUACUUACAUUACAAAACCCAGUGUCCAGCUUGUUUUCAUAAUGUUUUUGAAAAAGAUUUGUACAUAAACCGUGCUAUGGAUAGCUUGAUUGAGCACUAUUUUAAAGUUAGAGAAAAAUUGAUAACUCUUAUAGAAAAUAGAGUUGUUUACAACAAAGUUGUACAACAAGAACCAGAGCAAGUACAAGCCAUGCCUAUACGACCAGUUCGAUGUAGUCAGCCCAAGUCCCCUCAGAUUUCGGAAACAAAAAAGGUUGAAUCAAAACUGAGUCAGCUGUGUAAGUCACCUAAAGUUUCUGAGAUAAAGCAGAUUGAACCAAAAUCACCUGUUAUGAAUUCACCUUUGGCAAGUACAUCAAAGUGUAAUCCAUGUACUCCUACAAUUAGGUCACCUAAAAUUAUUCCAAGUAUCGCCAAAAUAUUUAAUACUCCCAAGAGAAAAGAUCCAGUGCCAACUCAACCUCCUGUAAAUACAAAGACUGUGUCUUGUCCUGUGUGUAAAGUUGACAUCUCUGAACUACAUGUUAAUGUACAUUUAGAUGCUUGUCUUAAACGAGAAAUUAGUGAGAAAUCUGGCAAAGCUAAAGUAGAUGCACCCAAACGGCCACAUUUGCCAAAACUUGUUCUUAGAGUGAUGAAAGAUGCAGAGUUACGGAAAAAAAUGAAAGAACUAGGACUACCUACACAAGGAGAUCGUAGGGCUCUAGAGAAUAGAUUCACUAGGUAUUCAACAAUUUACAACUCAGAAUGUGAUAAAGUAGAACCUAGACCUAUAUCUGAGUUGAUUAGACAAUGCGAAAUGGAGGAAAAGCAAGAAAGGAAAAUGGACAUGUUUUUGGUGGCUUCGACAGCAGCUCCCACAGUGAGAUUGCAAGUCGAAAGAAAUGCAAAAGAAGAAAAAAUAGAAGAAGCUCAAAAGAAUUACAGAGUUGCAAAUAAAUCAAGCUUUGACAAACUCAUUGAGGAAGUAAGAAAUCGUAAGAAAAUGGAGAAAGCUAAACAACAAAAUAGUGAUACAAUUGCCUUAACAAUUACAGAAGCUGAUGAAUCAACGAGUUUGAAUAGCAAACACGAUUACCAAUCAGCAAGUUCUAGUAGCAAACAAGAUGAUCCUUCCGGUACUAUAAGUAAACCGUCCACAUCUGUUAAAGUUGAAAAAGUUUCAGAAAAUCUAUCUGAAAAUGAAGAAAGUAGUAUAUACAAUCCAUCAUCAGAAAUAGCAUUUCAAGAUUCAGAUUCAGAUGAAUCGUCGUGUCCUUUGCAACAUUAUAGGAACGAUGAUCAAAUGAAAUAUUCGUCUAUGAAUCUGAAUGAUUCAAGUCCAAGCACAAGUACAUCCAGUAGUCCCAAUAAAAGAUUACAAGUAAUCAAAAAUGAACAUACUGAUUACACCAAAACAACAAAGUUCUCAGUACCCUCAGCCUCAAAUAAUGUAACUAAUAAUCCUUAUGAAGCACCAACCGAUGAAUCAAGUGAUGAUGAUAUACCUAGAAGCCCAUUACUGAAUAAUAAAAGUACAAAUAGUAAAAGGGCUAAAUUAUCUGUUACAACAUUGAAUAAAUCCGACUCCAUAGAAGAAGAGUCUCGACAAGCUGAGGCAAGGGACUUGUGCAAUUCAAUUAUUAAAGAUUUUGCGUUUGAUGAUAGUGACGAUAGUUUGAGCGAAUUUGUAAUUAAGUAUAAAACCGAUAAUAUUAAGAAAAUUGAGACGAAAAAAAUUAACAACAGUUUGACUGAGGCUAGCAGUAGUAAAAUCGUUACACCACAGAAGAUUGAAACUGAAAAAAUCAACAAAAGUUUGAAUGAGGCUAGUAGCAGUAAAUAUGCUACACCGCAGAAGAAAGGAAGUUCCUUCUGUGAUAAAAAAGUACCUGAAAGUAAUUCUGUAGACGAUUUUGUAAAUGAUAUUUUGAAUGGAGAUGAUUCUACUGAAUUGAUAGAUACAAGUAUUGCAGGUAGCAGUGAAGCACGAAAACGAAAAUCUCGAGAAAAACAGAACUCGCCGUUACAAUCGAACUCUAUCAAAAUAGAAAAGGAAAACGACGCAACAUCAGCAAACGAACAUUCCCCACCUCCUGUGACUGAAAAUACUGCGCGUCGUCCAGUAAGAAAGAGGAAUCGGCCAUCCCGGUUCACAAAUUCUGAAGUAGUUAAAAAAGGAGACGUUGAAAAGACACCGACCAAGCUGCUAGAAGACUCGCAGGAUAGCGAGUCACCUGAACAUUUUAAAAGCUCUACCUCUGAUGGUUCGUUAAAACGACGUCGAGGUAGACCAAAAGUGAACAAAGAACUAACAUUGGACGAAACUCAAAACCCACCAAAAAGGCCAGUACGUCGACGUCAGGCGGCUUCAGAUCGAAAUUAAUAUAACAUAAUGUUUGUGUACAUAUACAUUAGAGGCAGAGCCUAGAUUUGAAGACUUGACUUAUUCUAUAUUUUUAUAAAUAAUAUAUAAUAAAUUAUGUUCGAUUAUUUGAAUUCAAUUAACGAAAAA